AUUACAAUCUGAACUCGAAGUCCCGAGAGGUCUCGCUCUCCCCUACCGCAGUCUUUGCGCUCAGAAGCACGGUCGGGGCGGCUACAUUGUGUCUAUUGUAUUGGAUUUUCCUUUCUCCCUCCUCUUUGCCUGCUAUUAUUUUGUUCAUUUCCACGGGAGGUUAAAAUCGCGAAUGAGAAAGCAUGGCUGAUGAACAGGAAAUCAUGUGCAAACUUGAAAGCAUCAAAGAGAUCAGGUAAGGCUUUCGUUGUUUGUGUGCCGUUUUUAGAAAGGAUGGUGAUAUACAGCCCGAUUCCACGCAUGUUUACUCCGAAUGCAGCCCUUCUGUGUCUGUCGUGGUUUACUUCCAGGAAAAAGCGUGCGUCGGAUUGCAGCUUAAUUUCUCCUCGCGCCCGUUUUCCUUUUCCACUGUGAAAGAGUGGCUAAUUUAUGCUAGUGUAAAAGUAGCUACUAUAAAUGUCACACAAAAGGUCCAUUGAAUUUUAAAUGGAGCUUCUUUUGAGAGCAACAGACGGGGGGAGGGGGAAGCGGCCCCAGACUGACUUAUGAUGAAUACGCAUAAAAUAUGCACAGCGGAAUUAUGGACCAUACAUUUGCAGAAAAUCGUCCAUUAUUAUCAUUUUAAUUGCUUUGUAUCAGCCUCUACCAACCUAGUCCCCUCUAGAUGUUAAACUAUAACUCCCACCAGCCUCAGCCAGCAUAGCGAGAGUUGUAGUCCAAUAACAUCUGGAGGGCACCUGGUUGUCAAAAGCUGUUCUGUGUUAAAGUCUGCCUUGCUACAUUCUUUAUGGAAGGAUGCCUCAGGAAACAAAUUAAUAAGCCUGAUGCUGUGCAUGCUUACUCAGGAAGAAGUCCCACUGGGCUCAAUAAAGCUUGCUCCCUUGUAACUGGGAUUGGAAACAGUAAUUUUUUUUAGCAACAUAAAGCAGUUUUGAUGGAUGAGGAGCUCUGACGAUGAACAAAGUUGCAAGAUAGAUUUCUAAGUUGAAGAUGUUAUUCCUCCUAAGCUGAAACACUUUUGGAAAUAGUCAAGGUAGAAGACAGGUGAAUUUGGGUAUAUCCUUGCCAAGAGAGGAUGAGGCAGAAUUUGUAUUUGGGAAAUCUUCAUUACAAGUUUUUAUCUACCUAACACAGAUAACCUUCCAGAUGACCUGUUUGUUGAACAUUCAUCCUGAUUUGUUUGCACAAGUUUGCAAGGAGGUUUAGACACCAGAUAUUUAUUGAGCAUUUAUUCUGAUUUGUUUACAGAGAGGUUAUUUGACAUUGUGCCUGUCCCACACAUUCCAGUGCAAAAAAGUUUGAUUUGGGGGAGGAAGCGGUUUUGUUGUGCAGGAGUUCCAAAUCAACUUUAAUUUCACAACCCAUGCAAUUUGCCUGUAUGUGACUGAAUCUCACCAGAAAAUAGUGUCAUUCUAGACGCACACUGUGUUUCCCUUCUCCUGUGAUAAAAGAGAAGGGCCUUGGUAAAUAUAGGGAUGCAAAGCAUAGUCAGUUUUCUUUCCUUUCUCUUUUAUGCAGGGGGAUCAACUCCCCUGCUUAUUAAGGGAGUAGAUUGCACAUUGGAGACACACAAAAGAAAGAAAUAAUGGACUGAGCACAGCUGCUGCAAUUUUCUAAAGCCUCCCUCCAACACACACACACAAAAACACACACAAUGAGCUGGGAAUGCCCACCCUUCCAUGCAAUGGAACCUUUUACAUUUUUAUAAAGUGGACAGUAGUGCAUGUUACUGGGACAUAUGUAGUUUGCAAAGCACCAUUCCUCGUUCACUUUUAAUGUGGUGUUUUAUAUAAUAUGAACAUCAUGCUCUUCUUAUUGUUUCAUUUACCUUGUCUAAGUCUUUUUGUGAAGGCAGAGUCACAUUUUGAAAUGGACCAUAGGAACCUGCCUCAUACUGUAUCAGACCAGAAUGCCAACACAGUUGCCAACACUGAUUGGCAGCAAGUCCCCAGGGUUUCAGGGAGGGGGUCUCUCCAAGCCUUACCUGGAGAUGCCAGGGGUUGAACUCCUGGCUUUCUGUAUGCAAGGAAGAUGCUCUAGCGCUUAUGCUCGAGCUCUGUUGUAUUAACCUAUAAAAUCCUGAGCAGUUUGGGCCAGGCUCCUUGAAGGAUUGCUUUCUCCAAUGCAUACAUGCUUGGAUCUUGAGAUCUUCUAUACAGGGGUAGCCAACGUGGGGCCCUCCCAGUUUUGGACUACAACUGCCAUAAUUCAUAAAUAUUAGCUGUACUGGCCAGUGCUGAUUAUGUUGUAGUCUACAACUUCUGGAUAGCUGCCUCUGUUCUACAGAGAUCCAAUUAGUUUAUUUGUAUCUAAUCAUCAGACCAUGAAAAAUCCAAAGUCUGUUCUACAGAGGGCCUUUUCCAGGGUCUCCUGUCCUCAGCCUCUAACAAAGUGAGGCAGGUGGUGACUGGGGAGAGGACCUUUUCGAUGGUAGCACCCUCUUUAACAGAAAGCGCUCCCCAGACACUUGCCUUUUAAGGUGCCAUGUGAGGCCAUUUCUGUGAUUCCAGAGGUCUUGUUUAUUGAGAUUUCAUCCUGAUUUCCUUGUUGUGUACAUAUAAGAUUUUCUCCUAUUCACUUCACUCUUUCCAGUGCAUUUUCCCAUCAUUUUUCAACCUGCAGAAAGACCAUUUCUUUGUUGUGCUACGGUGGCAGAUCUCUUUAAUCCAAUUUAACUGCAUAAAUCCCUCACACACAAAAAUUGACAGUCUGGAGGCACUCUGUACCUUUUAUUUACAGUAGGCACAUUUGUCUGGUGGGUUAGAUUCUGACACCACGCCUCCCUCAUGCUGGAUUAAAAAAAAUGCUGUUGUGUUUAUGAUUUCAGAUGGAUUUUAUUGUUCUAUAAUUAACUUCAGUGUUUUCAUUGUGUCAAAUUUGAAUUGUGCUUUGGGUUUCUAAUGCAAAAUACCCAGAGAAUCUAGUUAUACACCCAGCACAUGAAUGCCCAAAAUAAAAGUGAAACACCAUAGGAGUGAGUUUUGAGGCAUGAUUUGCAAGAGGAGUGUGUGUAUUAGAUUGAUGGAUGAAGGAGGAGAUACUGAUCGUUCUAUAGCUUUUUCAUUAUUAUUAUUAUUUUGAAGACUAUUCUGGCUUCUAAUGUCCAACGCUCUCCUCUCCUUAUUUAAGGGUGGGUUUUUAUAACCCACUGGUUACAGAUUUACUUGUAGGGAUAACACAGGGCAUGACAAGUAGCCUUGAAUGAAAAGUUGACCCAGGAACAGAGAAGGGCAUAGGGGAAAAUCAAAACUGAUAAAUUAAUGGCAACUUGUUAUUAUUUUAUUCAAUUUCUAACAACAGUGACUUGACUGAAAGCUCCCCCCUUCCCAGGUUUCCUUCUCUCUUAGUUAUGAUGCUCUGUUCUACCUUAAUUCCUCCUCUGACAUCCUAGUUGUGCUAGAGGUAGCCUAAACUUUUCUCUCUUUUUUCAUUUCUUCUAUCAUUGUAAAGAACACUAUUUCCCCCAAAGAGACGAACCCUCUGAAUAUAUAGGGCUAGCUUAUACUGAGUCAGACAUGUAACCUACUUAAGGAAAUAUGGUCUACUCUGAAUGGCAGGAAUUCCCCCCCCCCCCAAUGUCUCAUGUAGACUCCUGCCCUCCUGUGUGAAGGUGUUGGUGGAGAUGAUGCAAUAGAUUGAACUUGGGACUUCUGAAGAGAAACCAGUUAUUUUGCCACCUAGCUCAGGGUUUUCUCUCCUUCUGCCGCUGUGCUACGUGUUCCAUUCUGAACAAAAAGAUGGCAUUGCUGCAAGUCUUCAUCCUCCCAUUUGUUCUGAGCUGCGGCAAAAUGUGCUGAGGAGACCAGGAAAAGUGUGUGCAAAAGUGUGCUCUUUUGUUCAAUGUGUUCUUGGAAGUGUGAGUGCAUGAGGCUUGAGAGAAGGGGGCGACAGAGCUGGUGGCAGAGCCGUUAUGGCAUUGUAGGCUGCAGGUGAGGCUGUAAUGAGGGACAGCGUCUCUCUGAUCAUUUCCACUGCAGCUGAGGAGGCCCAUGCAGAGCUAGGUGGCAAAAGAUAUGAUACGACUCCAUUUUCCCCUGUUGUUGAAGCCUUGGUGCUAAUGAUGUGCUGUAAUGGGAAAGAGAGGGGCAACAGAAGCAGUGCAGAAAAUGGCAAUGUAGAAGUUAAGGUGUAUGGAGCAGGUUUCACCAGACAGAGGCUACAAAGAAGAGUUGGCUGCCUUAGAUGUGGUGGUGCUGGGGACUGAGAUCCAACAGGGUAGGGCUAGAGCUAAGUGGUGAAGCACCUGCUUUACAUACAGAAAGUCCCAGGUUCAAUCCCUGGCAUUUCCAGGCAGGGCUAGUGAAGAUUCCUGUUUAUAAAAGUGGAGAGCCACUGCCAGUCAGUGCAGACAGCUCAGAGCUAGAUGGUCCCAACUCGGUAUAGGCAACUUCCUAUGCUCAUAAGUAAGGUAAAGGGACCCCUGACCAUUAGGUCUAGUAGUGACCGACUCUGGGGUUGCGGCGCUCAUCUCGCUCUAUAGGCCAAGGGAGCCGGCGUUUGUCCGCAUACAGCUUCCGGGCCAUGUGGCCAGCAUGACUAAGCCACUUCUGGCGAACCAGAGCAGCGCACGGAAACGCUGUUUAUCUUCCCACCGGGGUGGUACCUAUUUAUCUACUUGCACUUUGAUGUGCUUUCGAACUGCUAGGUUGGCAGGAGCUGGAACGGGAGCUCACCCUGUCGCGGGGAUUCGAACCGCCGACCUUUUGAUCGGCAAGUCCUAGGCUCUGUGGUUUAACCCACAGCGCCACUCGCGUCCCUUUAUGCUCAUAAGUAAAGCCCUGUUAUUCCAAAGGCCCAGCUAGUCCAGCAUUCUUUUCCCACAGUGGCCAACAAGAUGCCUAUAGGAAGCUCAUAAGGAUAUCAGCACAAUAGCACUCUCCCAUUCAUGUUCCCCUAAAACUGGUACUGCCUCUGAUACUGGAAGCACCAGUGCUUUUUCUUCCCUGCUAAGUCACUGAGUUGUGCCCAAAUACCUUGCAUUAGGUAAUCUGUUAAGCAAGAAAUGAACCAUGUGCCAGUUAGAUAUGUUGAUUGUACAUUUGACAUGCCAGUCAGCUGACUGGUCAAAAAUUGCCAAAUUGCAUUUGAAUCCAAAAAUGGCACAUAUGUGGCCUCUGCCCUUUAAAUUUUAUUAUUUAAAAAUGAGCGAGUGGAAAAGCUAGGAAGUGGCAGCUAACCAUAACCUGUAGUGUUAGAACCAGGAAACUAUGGCUUCGGAACAAGUCAAGAUUUUAAAGCCAACUUUAACCCUUCAUAUCCAGACUUGAUUAGAAACGGUUGACCAAUGUUUCCCAGUUGGGUGUAACAGGAAGCUAUGGUUGACUGUAGAUUUGGGGGUUGUUUUGUAUGAAGCAAGGUAUGACGCAGGAGCAAAGGGGCUGCAUGUGUGACGGUUGUGCAUCUCUCGGCUUAUGAUGCCCAGAUUUGAACAUAGCCAAAGCUUCAAAACAUGGCCAUUCUAUGUUCCUGCUGCCAAACCCCACUUUCUUUGGAGCUCAGCCUCAUCACCUGACAUUUAUGACUGUGGCUGGAAUGAUUUAAAUGCCUUUUGGCAAACAGGAAAUGCCACCUCAGCUUUACUUUGAUAUUUUCUGUGCAUUUGUGCCUGUGUGUAUCCCCUCCCCCCUUCCCCAGAAACAAGACUUUGCAAAUGGAGAAGAUCAAGGCCCGCUUGAAGGCUGAAUUCGAGGCUCUGGAAUCUGAGGAAAGGCACCUCAAGGAAUACAAACAGGAGAUGGACCUCCUGCUGCAGGAGAAAAUGGCUCAUGUGGAGGAACUGAGACUCAUCCAUGCUGACAUCAAUGUUGUAAGUGACAGCCACGCAUGGUGGUAAUGAGUUUUCAUGAUCAUUCGAGUUGCAGUCUUAUGCAUACUUACCUGGGAGUAAGCAUGACUCUUGCAUUUGUUGGGUGUACUCCUGAGUAACCUGGCAUAGUGUGAAGGCUUAUCUACUACUAAUGUUGUGCUUUCCCUCUUAGAUGCUACUCCUCAGAAAUGUGUGCUGAAUUGAUUUGCUUCCCAGACCUGGUUGCAAAAAAUGUUGUCUGUCCAAGAUUUGUUAUUUCACUUUCCCCCCUGACAGGCUAGGCAGAAGGGAACUCAGAGCAACUUUUAUGUGAACAAAACAUUCAACUAUUGAACUUUCUGUCACUGUGCUAAAAGGUGGUAGAAAAGAAGAUGUUAUGUUCAUUAUUUAUGAUCUUGCUACAAUGCUUGAUGUGGGGGGGAGGGCGGGGGGGGCGAAGCAGAGAGAGGGACAAAGAGUGAGAGAGAAAGGUCUAGAAUCCUGCCCAAUACGAAUAUUAUUGUUAAUAUUUUAUGGCACCAUCAAUGUAUUUUAUGUACUCACUGUGAGAGGAUAGCUCAGCACUGGGAAAUUCAGCACUGGGAAAGUGGCAGAAGAAGGGGAAACAGGAAUAAACAGGAAAUGAAUUUGUACAGGGAAUCUUAUACAGCCACCUCUCUGGUUCCUGAUACUGCAGCAGUCCACGAACAUUUCUUCACAACCAUAAGACCUAGAAACUUGAUUUUUAAAACUGAGGUUCUCAGGGCAUUGACUUCAGCUUCUGUUCCCACAACCUGUGCUGUUUCUGGCCUCCUGCAGAAUCCAGCAUGGACUUUCCGUAUCCCAGAUGACUCUCUUUAUCACAGUUUCAUUGGUCUCUUUUAAAUAUUCACCUGAAUGUAAAAACCUCAACAUUGUGUGGGCCUCCUGGUGCUUUUGUUGCAGCUGCAUUUCAGGCGGGGCUGGACAAACCUAAUGAAUGCUGCCUUGUUCCUUCUCCAGAUGGAGAACACAAUCAAGCAGUCGGAGAACGACCUCAAUAAGCUCUUGGAGUCUACCCGCCGUUUGCAUGAGGAGUACAAGCCUCUGAAGGAGCAUGUGGAUGCCUUGAGGAUGACUCUGGGCUUGCAGAGGCUGCCAGAUUUGUGUGAGGAGGAAGAGAAGCUCUCCCUUGAGUAAGCUGACACAUUACUUGUUAAAAGCUUAGGUACCUGCUUUCAGGUCCUGAGAGGCAAACAGCUUCUCAAGCACAAUGAAGAGGGGAUGUGUAUGCAGGGUGCCGUGAUGGACUAUGUCCAGUACUCUGAAGGCCCUUUGGAUCUCUCUUUACUUGAGGAUCAUGCUUUUGGAGAUUUUGUUUAUUGUUCUCUAAGGCUUAAAAACAGAAAUUGUAAAUUAUAGUAAAACAUUUUGGCUUGUGCAUUCAUCAAUUGCCCUGACAAAAAUGAUACUAUUCCCAAGCCAGCAAUUAUAGAGCUUUGAGAAUGGAAUGCUCAGAAGACCCUCCUUCGCUGAAGCCUAGUGAUGGCUGAGGUCAUGCUGUGUUCAUGUGUCCAGCAUGUGCAUGCAGAAGUUCUCCCUUUUUGCAACGCUAUUGUAUCUGCUGACAAGCAAUUAUUGAGAAGUCUGCCUGGUUGUGCUUCUCAGAACUGAAGUGUUUAGUAACAGCAAGGUGGUCCAAUAUGCAGCCCUUGGGGCCUUUUCGUGGCCUUUGGCAACAUUUGACACCCACCCCCUUGCAGCCCUCACACCGCCUUCCCAAAGCCCAGUUAGCACUUCCCUAGCCUUGGCAAGGAGGUGGGAGGGAUUGAAAACCCUGCCAGAGCCUUGAGCAUUCUUCCCAAAACUCAGCACCUCACUUAGCCAGGUUUGGGAAGGCAGCGAGAGGGCUUUACUUCCCCUAAGUACUCUUGCGGCCCAUUUGGUAUGGAAAGUUGGACCACCCUGAGUGACAGGUUGCUCCACAUGUGUGUGUAAAAAUUGCUUAUUUGUGGUUUCUAAAAUGUCCGUGUAGGUUGGUUGUAGUUUUACCUAUGUAUUGGACAUGACAUAUUGCAGUUCUGCAUUCAAUGCUAUGGAUUGAAUUACCCAGUACCUGCAGGUGAUGUCCUGUUUGAUGCAAUAUGUUCUAGCCAUCCUGCUGCUUUUGAAAGUAGCUGUCUGAAGCAGACACACACAGGUGAUGGAAUGACAAGGAGGAGAUCCAGGAUUGCAGAUAGAUGGCUUAAGUACACUAAGUCUCACUAAUACUUUGCAUAGAUUGGGAAGCUUGCUGAUCGCAAGCAGUUUAGAGUUUGCCAACUAUCAGUAGCUUUCUCUGAUUGCCAGGUGUUAGUUAGGAGAUGCUGGAUGGAAAUCUACCACAAAUGGGAUACACUGUUCUUUGUUAGCUGACACCUCACUUUGAUAGAGAGAUUUCCAUCCAGCAUUCUAACAUCAAGAGUCUUCCUACUGAUAUCAAAGAUAUAGGGAAGCACCUGUAGGGAUGAAAGGAGAAGCAGUCUAUUCAAUACCUGAACCGUACACUUUAUACUUCACAUGAUAUAUUUUGAAGAUAGUAGUUCAAAAACUUUAGGAACAGGUACUCAGGAUGGAACAUGACACCUGACACAUGGCAGGUGUUCAAAAUGGCAGCUCUGAGUUGACUACUCCCAGAUGUUGAAUAUUCCCCAUAAUAUUUUGGAAGAGUCAUCUUUGGCCUCAACUGCCCUAUACAUUUAAAGCAGUAUCAUACAACUUUAAAAUGUCAUGGCUUCCCCCAAAGAAUCCUGGGAGCUGUAGUUUGUUAAGGGGACUGAGACUUUUUAGACUCUCUAUCCUCCCCCCAGUGCUGUAACUCCCAGAGUUCCCUGGGAAGAGUGAUUGAAUGUCAAACCACUCUAGGAAUUGCAUCUCUGGGAGAGGAAGUGUGUAUGUGUGUGUCUCUUAACAACUCUCAGUGUUCUUAACAAACUACAGUUCCCAGGAUUCUUUGGGGGAAGCUGUGCCUAUUUAAACUGUUAUAAAACUGCUUUAAAUGUGUAUCGCAGAUGAGGCUUGUCUUGUUUCCCCGUGUCUGUCAGUGAGUGGCAGCAUAAUCACACAAGGAAAGCACUACUGGAUCAAAGCCAAGGUCUGCCCCAGCCUUGUGCCCUCCAGAUGUUUCUGACUACAGCUCCCCUCAGCUGUGCUAGCUGGGGCUGAUGGGAAUUGUGGUCAAAAACAUCUGGAGUGCACCAGGUCAGUGAAGGCUAAUGUAAGCUCCCUGAAAGAAUCAGAGUGGCAGCAAUUCUGCAUAGCCUGUAUUAGUUUUUCUUCUUUAUUUAGCUACUUCGAAAAGCAGAAAGCUGAAUGGCAAACAGAACCACAGGAACCUCCUAUCCCAGAAUCUUUGGCUGCGGCUGCAGCUGCUGCUCAACAGCUACAGGUGGCCAGGAAACAGGACACCAGACAGACAGCAACAUUCAGACAGCAACCCCCACCCAUGAAGGUAAGGACACACCUUUUGGGUCACUGGUGGUCAGGCAAUCCAGCAGCAAAACAACACAUUGUGGCACCCUUCACCCUCCAGAAAUUUUGGAGCACAAAUAUACAGUUCAUUCAAAUAAAUCAUGGAUCAUGCGUCAGUUCGCAGAAUAAAUUCUAAGUAUAAAACUCUAGGUUAUUAGUCAGCAUUUCCUCCCCACAGGCCCUCUUGAGAUGUGAGAAGGGAAACUUUCCCCUUUAUUCACAAAUGCAAAAAAGAAAAAGAAAAAGAAAAUUUCAGUUCACCAGAAUUAUCCGUUUUUGUAACCCCUUUCACUGCUCUUCUAUGUCUCAUGAGAUGGUCUAAGAAAAGCACUUCCCAUACAUUAUUGAUCCAGUUGUAAGAAGGGAUCCCCUCUUUCCAUGACCAACGUUGCACAAUUUCAAGCUGGGCUGCAGUUAAUAAAAGACAUACUAAUUCCUCAUGCUGAAGAGAUUUCUAAUAUUAAUGUUAAGAGAACGCAGCACAAGUGUUGGGUCUGGCUCUACAGGUUGGCUACAUGUACCUCAGGUUACAUACACUUCAGGUUACAUACGCUUCAGGUUACAGACUCCGCUAACCCAGAAAUAUUACCUCGGGUUAAGAACUAUGCUUCAGGAUGAGAACAGAAAUCGUGCUCCGGCGGUGCAGCAGCAGCAGGAGGCCCCAUUAGCUAAAGUGGUGCUUCAGGUUAAGAACAGUUUCAGGUUAAGAACAGACCUCCAGAACGAAUUAAGUUCUUAACCCGAGGUACCACUGUACCUUAUGCCAGAAUGUUUGUGCUACCUCAUGCCCCAACCAUAUAUGGAAAUAUGAGCCCAUGUUACCACACUCUCUCCAGCUUUGUUUAUUUUUGCAAGCUUAGACAUGGUCCUGGGCCAUCUUAGAAUAAACUUUAGGGAUGUUUCUUGCAAGUGAUUGUGCUUUGUGUGAUGCGGAAGUCUUUCUUUCAGCUGUCCUGUAACCUCCUGCUGCCAGUUGUUUUUAUCAGGUGGCUCUUGAGUUCUGGUAUUAUGAGAGAGUUUCUCCCACCUGGUAUGUGUUUGUUGACUUCUGAGGAAAUUUGGCCAGGCUGUGUCUGGAACCAUCAAGGUGAAGAAGCUGCUCACCUUGGCUUUCCAGGGAAAAACCACUUUCCUAAUGGGAUGGUUUUAUUGUAUUUCAGGCUUGCUUGUCAUGCCAUCAGCAGAUCCAUCGGAAUGCACCAAUCUGCCCUCUCUGCAAAGCCAAAAGCCGCUCUCGGAAUCCAAAGAAGCCCAAGAGGAAGCAAGACGAAUGAAAGCCUGCCAAGGAAGUUUGUGACCCAACCAGACCCCAACCAUGCCCCAUUUUUCAGUAGAACCAUAAAUGUGACCAGCGUCCAUCUGAGUGCAAAAUUACAAGCCUGACUUUAGCUUUUGUUUCUAUUUAUCAUGAUGUUAAGCACAACUGUUUCAUUUUGGACCCUAUUUUCAUCUUUUGAUUUUCUGCUUUAUAGGAAGUUAUUAAGAGGCAAUGGUGCUACAGUUUGUGACAUGUUUGUCAUCCCACCAUUUGGACUCCUACGCACAAGUAGAACCUGUACCACCCUCAGGCUGAAGAACACCUGGUACAGAGAAAACAAAGGCUUUUAUCGGAUCAGUGAUAACAUGCUUAAUGUUUUAGAAAAACAAACUGAAUGAUUUUCUACUCAGCUUGCUAAAACAUCUUCGUUUUCCAUUCCAAGUUUCAUUCCAUUCCUCCACUAAUUUUGUAUCAAGCCUUUAUGCUAGUUUCCAGAGCUGAAGAGUCUUUAAGUGGGCAAAACUGUGUAUGUCUGAUUUUAUGGGAAGUGUGUCUUUACUCACCCAUUUCCCUUCCAGUUAUAAUCAAGGGUAUGUGUUAAGGGAAUCAGUAUUCUGCACUACCCGGAAACACUGAUCAAUUAUCUUAUCUGUUCAUGCAAACUUGCAUUCGACUGUGCUAUUAUUUGCAAUUUUUACUAUUUAGACAAUGCACCCCAUUUUUGCUAAUCAUGGGGAGGGCCAAGGAGCCUGUACACAGGCUUGCCUUCCGGCUUAGGGAAAUACUAUUUGACCACUAUUUUGGCAUCCAGUGCUUUAGCAAGUAUCACCCACACAAAGAAAAACAUUUUUGUGUUUGCAAUGUUAAGGAAGUAGGCAGUUGCUGAAAAGAAGCUGAAACUUCUGCAAGACUUUUUGUGCUCCUGCAGAGACAUAGGAAGUUGCUUUUCGCCGGGUGGCUAUGGUCCCCCUCCACUACUGGAGGCAGUAUGCCUGUGAAUACCUGUUGCUGGGAACUGCAAGUGGGGAGAGUGCUGUUGUGCUCAUGUUCUCCUUGUGGGCUCCUGCUGGGCAUCUGGUUGGCGACUGUGAGAACAGAGUGCUGGCCUUAGAUGGACCUUAGAUGAACUAGCCGCCAGGCUUUUAUUUUCAGGUUAACUAUUUGCUUCCUUAGCCCAGAAUUGUGACUGACAGCCUGCGACAAGCAGGGUCCCCAACAGAGAAAGGCCUUUCCCCUGUUCCCUUUUAAUUUAGGAGGUGAAGAAUCUCCCAUCUGCAGACCAAACAUGGCCCCCUCUGUCUAGCCUGCAGGACUCUUCACCCCAGGCUGAACCCUCACCAGUCUUGAUCUGUGCACUCCUCAAGUGCUUUUGCCUGACUGGAACCUGCCCCUGAUCCAUGAGAAUGCCUCUUGCUUGCCUAGUUGGUAGAUGAAGAAAUGUAGCUUACUGUACAAAUGUAAGAGGCUCUAUUAUUCUGCCCGUUUUGUCUGGCAUGCAGUCCCAGGAAAGUUGCCCGGAAGGGAGUACAGCCUUAUGGGUGAGAAGGUUCCAUACCCAUCUUUUAACUGCAGAUACAGUGGCGCCUUGCAAGACGAAAUUAAUCUGUUCCACGAGUCUCUUCGUCUUGCGUUUUUUUCGUCUUGCGAAGCACGGCUAUUAGCGGCUUAGCGGCAUAGCGGCUAUUAACGGCUUAGCGACUUUAAGAAAAAGGAAACAAACUCGCAAGAACUCGCAAGACGUUUCGUCUUGCGAAGCAAGCCCAUAGGGAAAUUCGUCUUGCGGAACGACUCAAAAAACAGAAAACUCUUUCGUCUUGCGCGUUUUUCAUCUUGCGAGGCAUUCGUCUUGCGAAGUACCACUGUAUCAGGGUUUGGACCUAGUCUUCUGCACUGUUGGUUUGUGGUCUUCUACUGUGCUUGAUUAUGGCACACACAUGAAGAGCCCUGGUGGCUGCCACCUGAGUGAUGCAAAAUGAAGAAAAGAAAAGCAUCCCCUUCUGAACUAUCAACAGACAAGACUGAGUCAGCAUCGAGAUGUUUAUUCAGAGUGGUGAUGCCAUGAUGGCCAAAUUAAUUCUCUGGCACGGACAAGGGUCUGAGUUAUUUUAACACAGGGAAGAGAUAACUUUUGUUGUUCUUGGUAACAUCAGCUACAAAGCAAGCAAUAUAGCUAGGCUAUGUGAUUGAGUAUUAACACUUGGGCUUACACUGCCCAUGCACAGUCCAAUGAUUUAUAUAAAAGGCUAUUCAGCAUAAAUGUAGGAUUAUAAAUGUCUGUUUGCUUUACAUUUGUGCAGUAUUUUUUUAAAGUGUGAAUCUUUCAGAAGCUUUUCACAUUUCUAGUCCUUAGAUGUAAUGGGGGGGGGGGAAGUAUGUGGCCCUCCAGAUGUUGCUGAACUACAACUCCCAUCAUCCCUAACCAUUGGGCAUGCUUGCUGGGGCUUCUGGCAGCUGGCGUCCAACAACAUCUUGAGGGCCACCGAUUCCCCACCCCUGAUAUAAUGGGAUCUAUUAUUAGCCCUUUUGUAGCCUAGAAAGAGUCUGAUUUAGGAACAAGUGAGAGUGCAUCCUUUUUUGGGACCAACUAAUAUUGUAAACAUUGGAAAAAUGUUAUUUUCUGUUGCUACAGAGAUUUCAAGAAUAGCUAUUAAAGGGACAGUGUUUUAAAACACCAUUUUUGUUUGCCUAUCCUGUUUCACAUGCUGCUAGGGUUGGGAUUUUUGCCUUUUUUAUUUAUUUAAUCAGAAACAUGUAGUGCAAUAACAUUAAAAUAAAACUAAGGAGAAAACAAUACAAUUGCAUGAAAAUCAAAAUUAACCCUCCCCCCCAAUGUUGGUUGCAUUCACAAUGCCUGGAAAAAAUAAUUGUUGAUUUGGAUGGUAGUAACAAGUCCUUUUAAAAAAGAUUUCCUUUGUUCAUAAAUAUUGGGAUGUUGUCCUCAUGUUCUUUUUUCAGAGUUCAGUUUAAGCUGAAAAGCUUCUAAGAAUUCAAGAUAGUAGCAUAUUUCAAAAAGGCAUUUGAACAUUGUUAUCAUCGUUUACGGUGUAUAUAAAAUAAAUUCUUGCUAUAUAGUUGAAAAUGAAUCUUUUUGCUUGCCCUUAAUUUCUGAGUUAAUUUUUCAGCAAUAGCUAUGGGCCUGAUUUGACUAUACCAUAAAUCCUUAUUUAAUCUCUAAGUAUUCCUAUUUAUUUAUUUUUUGAUAAUCAUCCUGGCAGCAAACAAAAAAAUAUAAAUUCAUUUCUUUUUCCAAACUAUUUUGAUUUGGCCCAUCCCAUAUCCUCAAUAAUGUUAAAGAUAGGAUUGGUAUAAAUUCUUGCAUUAAAUUAAUUUCUAGGAGCGGUAUUUCAUGAAAAACUUCCACUGAAUGACAUUCCCUCCAUAAUUGUAAAUAUGCACUCAUUUGGGGGAGAGGUUGGGGAUUAUCACCAGUGGAACCUAAAAUUGAUCAUAAGGGUCAUUUCGUGAAUUCUUGCUGAAAUUGAUUUCAUAUGCCCCCUGCUGCAUUUUCUUUUCCAUUUUAUGGGAUCAGUAUCACAACCUAAACCAUUUCCCCUACAUUUUUAUAAUUCCGUUAGAUCACCUGUGCCUCAUUUUGUUAAUAUUUUAUAAAUUCAUUUUGUUAACAUUUUAUAAAUUGGGGUCAUGCAUCCUUUGGCAUUGAAAUUAUGUGCCAAUAUCAGGUUUUUGAAUGGUUGAAAUUCUCUUUUUACUUGCUGUUUAAUAAUAUAUUUUACUAUAAAGGAACUAACUCACCUAAGCUCAAACCAAGAGUACUCUUACUCAUUAUUAUUGCAGAAAUUCUUAAUUCUAUAAUAUCCCUUAAUUAACCAUUUUUUAAAAAAUACCUGGGUUCUAUUAUUAUAGAACAGUGGAUGAUGCCAAUGGAAGUAAGCAAGGUCUUAAUUGAAACUGGAUGCUUCCAUCUAGACUGCAAAAUUGUAACUUGUUUUUAUGAAAGGCUUUGAACCCAAUUCUACAUCCUUAAGGUUUUUUAUUAAGUAAAAAAGCUGCCACUACCAGGAAUACAUCUUGACUAUCACUCACACCCCACACUUUAACAUCUUCUUUCUUUACUAAUAGCAGAAUUUGUCUUAAUUGGUUUGCCUCAUGAUGUUAAAUGAAUAUUGGGGAUACCCCCAUCUCUUUUCAUCUUUUGACUUUUAAAAUUUGUUGUCUUCUCCCCCAAAUAUAUAGCCUUCUAUUAACUUUUGCCAAGAGUGUAUUGUUUUAUUGGAAAUAAAAAUUUGUAAAGCCUGG